GAUUUGAUCGAACAUUUUAUAUUUUAUUUAAUUAAUUAUUACGUGUAGUUAUGUUUAAAUGCAUUAAUAAUUUUAUUAUAUAAUCAUUUAUAAAUACAAUUAAUAGUGUACACGUGCAGUGUUUGUAAUAUAUUGAUAAACAUAAAAAUAAUUGUAAGAAUAGAUGCAGUGCAAAUAUCUUAAAAUGUCAGAAGCCACAACAGUCCCUGACAAUGACCCGAUAAUUAAAAUUGAACCACCAGAACUUCAGCAGGAAAUAGAGGAAGAGUCUGAAUCGAGUUUAGAAGAUGAUAAAACUUGUCUGAAGAGAUUUAUGAAUCCGAUAGUAAAGAUAGUAAAGUUAGAAGAACAAGUUCAUCAGGAAUUAAUUCAGACUCCUCCUUAUAAGUGUGAUGGAUCAUUUAGAAAGAUGCAUUAUUUACAACAGCAUAUGGUAAAUCAUAGUUAUAAGUGUACUGAUUGUUCAAAGACUUUUCCAGAUGCAAGUACAUUAAUAAUACACCUGAAGAAUCAUGAGGAUGAAAGACAUUUUGUAUGUACAAAGUGUGAUGAAGCAUUUACUACAAAAAAUCAUUUGGAUCAACACGUUUGUGCUCCUGCCACAGAACAAUCGGAUGAAUCUAUAGUUAAAAUUGAACCUCAGGAAUUUCCAUGUGAAGAUAUUCAACAGGAAAUAGAAGAAGAGCCUGAAUCGUGUUCAGAUGAUGAUAAAACAUGUCUAAAGAGGUUCAUGAAUUCCAUAGUAAAGAUAGAAGAAGAAGUCCAACAGGAAUUAAUUCAGACUUCUUCUUAUAAAUGCGACAAGUGUGAUAGAUCGUUUAGAAAGAGGCAUUAUUUACAACAGCAUAUGGUAAAUCAUAGUCAUAAGUGUAUUGAUUGUUCUGAGACUUUUCCAGAUGCAAGUACAUUAAUAAUACAUCUGAAGAAUCAUGAGGAUGAAAGACAUUUUGUAUGUACAAAGUGUGAUGAAGCAUUUACUACAAAAAAUCAUUUGGAUCAACACGUUUGUGCUCUUGCCACAGAACAAUCGGAUAAAUCUAUAGUUAAAAUUGAACCUCAGGAAUUUCCAUGUAAAGAUAUUCAACAGGAAAUAGAAGAAGAGCCUGAAUCGUGUUCAGAUGAUGAUAAAACAUGUUUGAAAAGGUUCAUGAACUCUAUAGUAAAAUUUGAAGAAGAACCCCAACAGGAAUUAAUUCAGGAUCUACCUUAUAAAUGUGAUAAGUGUGAUAGAUCAUUUAAAAAGCCACACAAUUUGAAAAGGCAUAUGGAAGCACAUAAACCUGAAUGUACAUAUUGUUCAAAGACUUUUCCAGAUGCAAAAACAUUAGAAAUACAUCUGAAAACUCAUAUGGAUGGAAAACCUUUCCUAUGCACAAUGUGUGACACAGCAUUUAUCACAAAAUAUAAGUUAGAUCGACACGUUUGUCCUUGUGCAGGAAAACAACAACAAAAUAUUCAUGCUCAAGCUGCUGAGAGACCUUAUAUAUGCAAUCUAUGCGAUAAGACUCUUGAAAAUUCCAAGCAUUUAAAAUCACACAUGCUCAUUCACAGUGAGGAACAAACCCACAAAUGUAAAAUAUGCCAUAAGAUUUGUACUCAAUCAGGUCAUUUGAAGGUGCAUAUGCUGUUGCAUACUGGAGAGCGUCCCCACAAAUGUAAAAUAUGCGAUAAGGCAUACACACAACGCGGUGCAUUGAAAGUGCAUAUGUUGAUUCACACUGGGGAACGUCUCCACAAAUGUGAAGUGUGUGAUAAGACAUUUAGAAUUACAAGUCACUUAAAAUCUCACAUGCUCGUUCAUAGUGAGGAGUGUCCUUGGAAAUGCAUCAUAUGCAAUAAGACAUUUAAACACAAGAAUUCCUUCAAUCAACAUAUGCUUAUUCACACUGGGGAACGUCCUUACAAAUGUGAAAAAUGUGAUAAGGCUUUUGCAUAUUACAGUAGCUUAAGGGAUCAUAUUCCCAUUCAUACUGGUGAUCGUCCAAAUAAAUUGGGGAACUACCCUACAAAUGUAACAAAUGUGAUAAGGCAUACUCACAGCCAAAGAGUUUGAGAUCACAUAUGCAUGUUCACGCAGAAAAGGGUGCUUAUAAAUGUAAAACAUGUGAUAAGACAUUCACACAUCCGAGGAACUUGAAGAGACACAUGCCUUUUCACAGUGAUGAACGUCCACUAAAAUGUGAAAUAUGUG